AUGUUACCAAUUCGGUCACCAUCCCGCAAUACUUCCCAAACUCAAAAUAGUAGUAGUAUACAACAAGUUUCAAACGAUGACGCUAACUCUAACACUACACAACAAAACCAGACUCCUCAAACUGAGAACCCUUUAUUAACAGGUUGUUUUACACAAUCAAAUUACGAUCUUUGCGCUACGUCAGUCAAACUUCCUCAGUUUUGGACAAAUUGUCCCGAUGCUUGGUUUAUUCAUGCAGAAAUGCAAUUUACGACCAAAGGCAUAUCUUUAGACAGAACAAAAUAUGAAUACAUUAUUACAGCACUUCCACAAGAAGUAAUAAUAACUGUUCUAGAUAUAAUUCAAAAUCCACCACCUAAUAAUCUUUAUCAUAAUCUAAAAAAGGUAUUAGUAGAACGACAUUCACUAAGUGAAACUUCCCGGUUAGAGAAAAUUUUGUCAGAUAGUGAAAUGGGUAACAGAAAACCAUCCGAGUUUUAUCGCUCAUUGUCUUUAUUAGCUGGAACUAGUUUUAGUCCAGAUAUUUUGAAGAAAUUAUGGUUGAGGAAACUCCCAAAGAGUCUUAAUGUAGCUUUAACGGGAUCUAACCAUAACGACAUUAAUGAAAUGAUACAAUUAGCAGAUAAGAUAUGGGAAGUUAUGUUUAAUGGCGAAGUUGCCAAUAUUAAAGAACAUAACCCAACAAACAUUGAAUAUGUUGUCGAAAAUUUGACGAAAACCUUGUGCGAAAAUAUGACAAAAUUAUGCGUUGAAAUUAACUCCCUUAAACAGGAGUUCAAUGAUAGGCAACCACGUUCAUCUUAUCGAAAUAGGUAUAGGAGAAAUUCUCGUUCAAGAGUACGAUCUAGUAGUAGAGAUUGGUUAUGCAGAUAUCACUACCGCUUUGGAGAUAAAGCUAUUCGUUGUGAACAACCCUGUUCUUAUAAACAAAAUUCUUCAAACUAA